AUUUUACUUAGUGCGGUACUCGCGGCGGCCAGAGGGGGACGUUGUUGCGCCAAGCUUAUCGAUCUUCGCGUUAAAAACUGUUUUUGUCUUGUUUUUAAUUAAACAAACACAACUACCUAAUACAAAAUAACUCAGUCAAAUAUUAACAAGUUCGAGUAUCGUCGCAGUUUUGGUUAAAAUUCAGUUUGUUUAUCGAUUGUGUGAAUACAAUAGUGUAGUGCUGUGGUUUUUAAUUUAAAUUGAUUUUGAGAUACGCUACCAUGCUACAGUCGUGUCAACAAAGAACCACGGAUAACUCUUUGAAACGAAACUGCGAUUGAAUACCGAACGAAAAAAAAAAACUAACAAAAAUAACGUUAAAAAAUAAUGUUACCAGCGUUCAAAUAACGGUAUCUCGGGAUAGAGAGCUACGUUCUGAAAAUAGAACGCGCGAAAAUAGAAAAAAAAUGCCUCGCUCCGCAGUCUCGGGCGGUCAGGCGGGAAAACCGCACGCGUCCUGGUGGGCGACACCAUGGACCACUAUGGCCGACCUCGCCGAAGCGGUUGACGACUUCAUAUGCAGCUUCGAUUAUAUGGACACAGCCAUGGACAACCUAGUAAUGCUCAUUUUUAUCUGGAUGCUCUUCUCCAUCGUACUCCUGGGUAUCGCCAAGUGGGCAUACACCAAGUACGGGCAGAGACUCGCCGUCCAGGAAGAGGUGAAACCGCCAAAACCCGAGGAGCCGAAGAAAUCUACCGCGAACGAAAUCAUAAACAGUGCUGACAGUGUUCUAGCGACCAGUGCGAAAGUUAAGAGCGCUUCUUUCAACUCCUACAAGCCACCGAAACCGUCUGGGUUCGUCCCAGCUACUCCACCGAACAAGCGAAGACUGGGGCGUAUGUCCCCUGGGCCAGAGCAGUUAACUUUAAAAAAACACCAGAGCAUCAUCGUCCCCACCUGCACAGGGCCCGACCAGCCGAGCGUCCAAUGGGUGAAUGAACUGUUGACGUGGUUAUAUAAUGAUCUUGUUAUUGUGAAUGAACUAGUGCAGCAAUGGAUUGUAUCCAUGAACGAGUUCUCCAAAAAGUCCGUCGAGGAGCAAGGCAUUGGCGUGGAGCUGGUGCGAGCGCUGGAGACGCAUCCGCCGCAGGUGUCCAACGUCUUCUGCGAGUGCGACUCCAAGGAUGACGUGACAAUCACCUGUGACUGCGAGGCGACUCCCGCCUUCCAGCUGAAAGCUUUCAGCCAGAGAGGAGAGAAGGUCGAGGUCUCUCACUACAGGGUCAACGUCAACAGGUUCCGUGCCCGCUUACACGUCACGUGCGUGACGGACAAGCUGACCGGCGACCUGAAGUGCGACGGCUGGCCCGAGGUCAAGGUGGCCCUGGCCCCCGUCGGGCCUCUCAGGCCCAAUGCCACUGAGAGCAAUCUGCAGACUGCUAUAAGCGACAUAGUGGUGAGCGCGCUCCGCAACACGCACUUAGACUUCAACCUGUCCAUGUACCCCACCUGUCCCCGACUCAGGCGGCAUUUCGACACCGGCCCGCGGCUGCCGCUGCACUAUGACUCUAUGCUCCAGCACGAUCGUCAAAUGUACACGUCGACGCCCAACUCGACGGCCGGCAGCGUACAGCUGCUCGGAGAGAAGCGACUGCUGGUCAAAGUGGUCGCUGCCAAGGAUAUUGGAGGCAAGUCGGGCUGCAUAGCGCCGUACUGCGUGGUGGAGAUGGACGAGCCUCCGCAGAAGAACCAGACCGCCUUCAAGAAGGACACCACCUGCCCGCAGUGGGAGGAGCACUUCCUCUUCGACCUGUCUCCGCAGACAGCGGAGCUCCUGUUCGAGGUGUAUGACCGCACUGGCCCCCCCUCCCCCGGCGGAGGUUCUACACAACAUAGGUUCCUCGGUCUAGGCCUGGUAGGGAUAGACGAGCUCCUGGCCGCGCCGUCCCAGCGACAACAGAUCGCGCUGCAGACCCGGCCCAUGGAGGAACACGACGUGUCCGGGACACUCACUGUGGAGUUCCUGUUCAUAGAAGGCGCCGACAUCCCUGACUUAGGCUCGCGGCCGUUCAAGAUCAAGGAGAGCCUGCGAACGCUGUCUCCCCAGGGACACAUGACUACCACAACCAAGACUGUCUUCAAGCAGAAUGGUCACGACAACAGCCAACUAACGGAGUCGGCGCUGCGAGAGCUAGAGCUCAGCCCUACUAGUGCUGCCAAUAAGUCCACCCUCAUCAUACACUCCGUACAGAGGGAGCCGAAGAAAUCUAUAAAGGUUGAACUAACCGAUUCCGGCAAAUUCGUCGAAGUCGAACGGGAACGGGAGGUCAUAGACAAGGAGGCCCAAGAGAAACCCAUAGAGGAGGUAGAGGAGGGUGUGAAACAAAAGUCGGUCACCCCCAACCAAUCUCCAGGAAAAAGUGUGAGGAUAAAAGAAAAUGGGGACAAAAUACCUGAGAACGGAGAAGCGCAAGGGGACUACGUGAACCGAGAGAACGCGCCCCCCGAGCCCGCCCCCCGCCAGAAGAGAAGGAGAGACUUCUUCGGCACCAUCAAGAGAAGACUUGGUCGCUCCCGCACUCGCGGCGCGUCGCUCGACCUUCCAGACUCGGACAUAGACAACCAGAGUCGCAUACGCAGCGUCAGCGCUGAGAGAAACAGCCAUGAAAAAGCCUUAUCCGUCCCAAAUAGAAACGUAUAUUCGGCCGGCGCGUCGCCCGCGCAAUCCGGCGACGAAUCGAGGACUUCCAGAAGGUCCUCUCUCAGCGAAGUGUCCGGAUUCAGUACGGCGUCCGCCCGGACGUUUAUCCACGAAGCAUCUACCCUGGUGCUGGAGACCAUAGAGGCUGGCAUCAAGAAGCACUACUUGGUUCCCCUGACUGUGGCGCAGAGGUCCCGGUGGCGACGGAAGGGCGUCAAGCUCCAUAUCUACAACGAGCACACGUUUAUCGCUAAACAUCUGAGCGGCGGCACCGUGUGCGAAGUAUGCAGCAAGACAAUAGCGCGGCGCCUCGGCAAGCAAGGCUACGAGUGCCGCGACUGCAACCUGCGCUGCCACAAGCACUGCCACGUGCGCGCGCCCGGCACCUGCCCGCACUCCUCCGUGCACAAUAUGGAGCUGUAAGUGCGGGGAAUAGGGUCUAUAUUCCUGUAGUUAGACAGAAAUAGAGUCAACAUUUCCAGACACUUCUCAGAGCGAGAGGGUGCAAAGUCGUGUAGCAACGCCCAUGGGCAACUUACAUUGUUUUUAAUCACUUGCCCGUAUUCCUCCGUGCACAAUAUGGAGUUGUAAGUGCGGGGCAUAGGGUGUACAUUCCUCUAGCUAGACAGAAAUAGUCAGUGCACGCACAAUAUAAGUGCGAGGGAUAAUGCAAAGUCGUGUAGCAGCGCCCAUCAACUUACAUAGUCUCUAGUCAUGUGCCGUAUCGACACUCCUCCAUGCACAGUUUGGAGCUGUAAGUGCGAGGGAUAGGGUGUAAAUUCCUGUAGCUAAAGUACGGUCGCCGAGCACGUAGAAUUUCGUCCAAUGACCCCAAGCUACUCAUCCUUAUCACACACUCACUGCGGCCGCCCGUCGCACAGUCGCGACAGCAAUUUACGCGCGAGCGAUAAGGAUGGGUAGCUUGGGUCACUGGUCACUGGAUGAAAUUCUACGUGCUCGGCGACCGGACUUUAGAGAGGAACAAUAGCGCGGCGCCUCGGCAAGCAAGGCUACGAGUGCCGCGACUGCAACCUGCGCUGCCACAAGCACUGCCACGUGCGCGCGCCCGGCACCUGCCCGCACUCCUCCGUGCACAAUAUGGAGCUAUCCAUGCUCCCUGUGCUAAAUGAGUAAUCGAGAUAAGCAAGAAGACUGCAAGAAAAAUAUAUUUAAAAAACACAAAAAAAUACACGAGCAAUUUCCAUUCAGGACAUACAUUUCGUCACCAUACACCGACAAGAAUAUACGGAUGUUGUGAUUCAUGAAGCGCUUAAACUGCACAAAACAUCACCAAUAUACCAUCUACUUAAAUUAUAACAAAAUAUAUACCACAAAUCUCUCUAAGUACAACACUUAUGUACGCUAUUAUAUACAUAGGCUUUUUUACAAAUAUAUUUAUAAUAAAAAAUAUAAUUCUAGUUUUAAGAGAAACAAACGUAGAGGUUCUGAAGCGUCGCUGAAAAUAUAAAAUACUUUUGAAAUUUUCCGCUUUCUGUCACUGAUAUAUUGGCAUAUAGAGUUAGUUUAGGUAUCGCUAGAACCCACCAUCAAAACCAUUAUCUCUAAUGCAAAUAAUUAUUAGAUAUUUAUAUUGGUCAUCACCACACAUUGCCUAUGACGCCAGCUUAAUCAAAAGAGAAUUUCAACAAAAUCUCUACCUCAUUUCCUCAAAGUUACGACAAUAUAUAACUUUAUUCAAAGUUACCAGAAUAUACUAUCGUUUUUGUUGUUUUUAUGUUGUUAUAAAAUUUUUAAAAUGAAUAUUGUAUAACUCGAAUAACUAUUUAUUUUAGUGACCUAAGUGCUUUUGCACGAAAUGUGAUCUGUUAUUUUGGGUUAUUCCAAUAAACCCAUGGAAAAGGGGGUUUCUGGAAUUUUUCUUUGGAACUUUUUGGACAAAAAGUUUAGCAGAGGUUUAUUGGAAUAGCUGUUAUUUUUAAUGUGCAAUAAAAUACUUGCGCUUAGAGCUUCAAACCUACAUUUUAAAUUAGUCUUAAAUAAUUUUGGCCAUAGUACAGUGACCACCAAGUUUGAACCAGUACUCGUAGAUUUCUUAUUUGUAAGUGUGAAAUUGAGUUUCGAGUGACUGAUUUUGUAAUGUGCUACAAAUUUUUCAAUUAUUUUUAUUUUAUAAUUGGCACCUACCUAUAUUGGUAUAUCACCCUGUUCUCUCAAAAAGAUUCUAUGUACUUAAACUUUUUUACUAUCGCUUACCUAAUUCAAAAAAGGCAUACUUAAAAAAUACAUAAAUUCUUGAAAAGCCUCGCUAAUCGACAAAAUGGUCGAAUAUAACGAAUAAAUAAGUCAAAAAUGGCCUAAAAAGUGUGUUCUUAGUUGUAUACAUGAAAUAUUUGUAGCAUUUUAAAUAUGAUAAUUGUAUUCAUAAUAAUUAUUACAUGACACGUCUAUUUGUACUCUUUUGGUGAGAUGUUAACGUAUAAUGUUAUGUGGUUCAGUAUAAUACAAAUAAUACAACAAUUUAUUUAUAAAUGUUGCGCAAUGUGUUUACCGUCUGUAAUUUUAUUUUCCUCUUUUUAAUAAAAUGCCUUUUUUA